GCCUUCAAGUAAGAUGGUGUGGUGUAUGCAAGCGUUGCUGCUCAUGUCCGCUGUCUCUGUGGGGUGGGCGGGGAUUUUCACCGAUGAUGAGGUCAGUAAGGUGGGAAUGUUUGUGGAGGAGGUCAUGAGGUGUAGACAGAUCCCGGGGCUGACCCUGGCUGUUGUGAAGGGGGGUGAGACGUGGACACGGGGGUUCGGACAGGCGGACAUAGAACAGGGAGUGAACGUCACCAAGGACACUUUGUUUGGAAUUGGAUCAGUGACGAAGGCUUUCACGAGUACCCUCCUGGCCAUGAUGAUUGAUGAAAGUAAUGGGAGUUUAACAUGGACGUCAAAGGUGAAGGACAUACUGGGACAAGACUUUGAAUUUGUGGACGAACAGAGAACAAGGGAGGGUACUCUGAGGGAUCUUUUGUCCCAUCGCACCGGCCUCCAGCCUGCAGUCUUAACCUUAUUUGCUGGAUUUGCCAAGAACUUCACUAGAGCUGAUUUUGCCAAGCGUUUCCGAUUUCUUCCGGAAGUUAAACCGUUCCGUGACGUGUACGAGUACAACAACUGGGCGUAUGCUCUGCUGGGCCGUAUUGUGGAAGUGUUGUCAGGGGAAGCCUUCGAAGCAACUCUGGAGAAACGAAUCUUCAAACCAUUGGGAAUGAACCAGUCACGUGUUCUGGGAAAGACAAUAACGACAAAGGCAACAGGAAUGGCAAAACCGUACUAUAAUGUAGAGAACAAGCUCAUAUUAACGGAUCCCUCAAUUUACGACAUACAUCCAGGAGAGGCCGCAGGUGCUAUUGCGUCUUCAGCAGAGGACAUGGCUAAGUGGAUGCACUUUCUACUGAGGCAAGGGGUGACGGAAGACAACGUCACAUUGGUUAAGUCUAAAACACUUGCGGAGGUCUUCAAACCUCACGAGAGUAUUCCUGGCGAUCCUAUAUCAUCAAAGCCGAAGUAUCCCAUGAUGGACUUGCAGUAUGCCUAUGGUUAUGCAUGGUUUAUAUCAGCAUAUAAGGGAUAUAGACAGAUGAUGCACACUGGAGGCUUACAUUCUUACAUAACCUACCUUAAACUCUACCCUGACUUGGACUUUGGAAUCUUUUCAAGCGCCAAUGGACCAGAAACAAUGGAUGAGGUCACUGCACAAAACACUAUCUCAUUCUAUGUUUCUGAUAUUUUAAUGGGUGAUCAACCUUGGCUAAAUUCUUCCACGGCAUGCACGUAUCCUUCGCCAUGGGGCAAGAUGCCACCAAGCACCCAAAAUAAUUCUGAUGUUACGAACUCCGACGUAGAAUGCCUAGAUUGUUAUGUUGGGAAAUACGGGCAGCAUCUGUUGGGUGACGUUGAUGUUAGGGAGGGAUCAGGGUCGUCACUGGAACUUCACUACGGGAGAUUACGGGGCUCUCUCAAUACCACGGAGGAUAAAACAACAUUUAAGCUUGAUUUAUGGGACCCUUAUAAAUUUUAUGCUCGUCCAGGUAAUGCUACGGUUCUUGUAGAAGUAAACUUUCAUGGGCUAAACAAAGGAAAGUAUUCCUACAUUGAUCUCAUUUUACCUCACAAGAUGACAUUUACCAGAGAUAUAAGCUUUUACGAUAAAAACAUAUUCACAAGUACUAAACAUGAAACAAAUGGGCAGUGUACCAAGAAAUUGAGCGAUCUUUUGUUGGUGGUAUUGUCACUUUCGUGCAGUCUUCUGUAUUUGGUAGAGAUUGUGUUGUAAUAACGUUCGCCCGUUGACAUCUUAUGACAAGAGAAUUGUAUUCUAGAAAGAAGGGUAAUUCCGUCGAUUCCAUGUUUAAUGCAUUGUAUUCAUACAUAACGUACAGAUAAAACGAAUAUUUACUUAAUGUAUCCGUCUUCUGUAUAAGUGGAGACUGUGUAGCAUUAAGCGUUCGCCUUUUGACAUUUUAUGACAAGAGAAUUGAAUCCUAGAAAGAUGGGUAACUCCUUCCAUUACGUAUUUAAUGCAUAUUAUUCUUAUCCCGCAACGUACAGAUUAGACGAAUAUUUACUUAACGUAUCCCUUGCUCUCUCAAUAGUACGGAUCAUAAAACAACCUAUAAACGUGAUUUAUGGGACCCUUAUAGAUUUCUUGCUCGGUCAGCUAAUGAUACGGUUCUUAUAGAAGUAACCUUUCGUUGGUUUUUGCGAUCAAAACAUGUUUACAGGUACCAAACCUUGAACUGAUGGGCAGAGUUUCAAGGAGUUGAGCAAUAUUGUGUGUGUGUUCGUGUUACUUUGUGCUGUUUUCUAUAUACUAUAGAGACAAUGAGGCAAUAAAAGAUCGCCCUUAUGACAUCUUAUGACAAGAGGAUUGUAUCCUAGAAUGAUGGGAAACUACAUCGAUUUCAUAUUGUGUCCAUUCGUGUCACUUUGUGCAGUAUUCUUUGUUCUGUACAAACUUAAAAAGGAUAAACCUUCGCCCUUCAGAAACAUUUAGAAGAUCUUCGAUUACAUAAAAAAAUCCAUUGUAUCAUACCCCGCAAAGUACAGACAAGACGGAAAUUUACUUCACAUAUGCUUUGUAAAAUGAAAAUUUGAUAUCAUGCAUAUUUUUUCUUCAAUGUCACGAUUUGGAGGAUUUGUAUCAAUGAUCAGAUUAAACAAUGAA